CACGGACCGCGCGGCCGUUUUGAGGACCCGAGGGGUUCCACGCCGCGUACCUAAGUAGCGUCACACAAGAAAAAAACACCGCGAAAUGGCCGCUUUGAUAGCUGCAGUUACAGGCGCCCUCCUCCAGCCCGCCCCCAGGGGCGGCGUUCACUGGGAAGGAAUUGUGCGGGUGCCCGGGCACCGAGAGUCCCAGGUCUUCAAGAAAGGCGAGCGGUAUUAUACGACGGACGGCUCCACCCUGCCGCACUGGACGCACGAGCACCUCGAAGGCCGCCCCGAGGAGCCGCUAGGCCCCGGCACCUGGUGGGGCCGGCCGGAAGAGGAGUCGUUGGCCGACGUCGUGGGCAACCCCUCGCUGCUCUACUACACAGAACCCGAUGCGACGUGCCUGGUGGUCGCUCUCUUGGACCGGCCGCGCUUUUCUCAGGGCAUGUACGAGAGUAGAUACAUAACACUCAUGAUGAAGAUCAUAGCAAAAUUGCGGCCCUGGCAAUAUAAACAUCGUGUCUGCAAAUGCAACUUGGUGGCCGUGGACGUUUUCCCGGACGUCGACGAGUUCCGCCCGAGCCCGAACUCGAAUGCCUGGAAAUCCACCCACAUCACCAUGCCCGACCCCAUUUGGACUGCCGAGGAGAUCAUGGCGUACGUCGACGGGCUGGGAUCGCCCGAUGUAUACUGGGCUUCCUUCGGUUAUUACCCUACGACCUACGAACCGAUGCUUCGAGCGGCCUUCGACGAACUCGUCGACGCCCGCGCGGCCGCGGAACCCUAGUAUCUAGCUAGCAUGCACUAAUAUUC